UUUGAUUUUCUGGAAUCUGCACGAACCAAUUCGAGGCCAGUAUGAUUUUACAGGAAGAAAAGAUUUGGUCAAAUUUGUGAAAUUGGUUGGGGAGGCUGGUCUCAUGGUUCAUCUUCGAAUAGGUCCUUAUGCUUGUGCAGAAUGGAACUAUGGGGGGUUUCCUAUGUGGUUGCAUUUUAUUCCCGGAAUAGUUAUGCGAACUGAUAACGAGCCGUUUAAGGUUGAAAUGAAGAGGUUUACAGCCAAGAUUGUGAACAUGAUGAAGGAAGAAAAUCUAUAUGCAUCCCAAGGUGGACCCAUUAUUUUGUCACAGAUUGAGAAUGAGUAUGGGAACAUUGAUUCAGCAUACGGUAAGAGUGCCCAAACUUACAUAAGUUGGGCUGCAUCAAUGGCUGUAUCAUUGGACACAGGGGUACCCUGGGUCAUGUGCCAGCAAAGUGAUGCUCCGAAUCCCAUAAUCAAUGCUUGUAACGGGUUUUAUUGCGACCAAUUUACACCAAAUGCAAAUAGCAAACCAAAGAUGUGGACAGAGAACUGGAGUGGAUGGUUCUCCUCAUUUGGCGAUCCUGUGCCUCGCAGGCCUGCAGAAGAUACUGCUUUCUCCACAGCCCGUUUUUACCAGCUUGGUGGAAGUUUCCUAAACUACUACAUGUAUCAUGGUGGAACUAACUUUGGUCGUACUUCUGGGGGACCUUUCAUCACAACGAGCUAUGAUUAUGAUGCUCCAAUUGAUGAAUAUGGCCUUCUGAGACAGCCAAAGUGGGGUCACCUGAAGGAUGUACACAGUGCUGUAAAGCUUUGUGAAGAGGCACUAGUGGCAACAGAUCCGGCAACUACUUCUCUUGGUCCCAAAUUGGAGGCUACAGUUUACAAAACCGAAUCGGGGCUGUGUGCUGCAUUUCUCGCAAAUGUGGACGACCAAUCUGAUGCAACUGUGAACUUCAGUGGAAAUUCUUAUCACUUGCCUGCCUGGUCUGUCAGCAUCUUACCUGACUGCAAGACUGUGGCUAUUAAUACCGCAAAAAUCAACUCUGUGGCCACCAUUGCAAAGUUUGUUCCUCAACUCUCGCCAAAAGACACAACUGUUGAAGAUGCAUUCUCAGGGUGGAGUUGGAUCAACGAGCCUGUAGGCAUAUCUAGCAACAGUGCGUUCACAAAGCUAGGCUUACAGGAGCAAAUAAAUACUACUGCUGAUAAAAGUGACUAUCUUUGGUAUUCUCUGAGCACUACAAUAAAAGGAGAUGAGCCUUUCCUGCAAGAUGGAUCUCAGACAGUGCUUCAUGUGAGUUCGCUUGGUCAUGGGCUUUAUGCUUUUAACAACGGGCAGCUUGUAGGGAGUGCGAAAGGAAACUACAGCGACCCAAGUGUGUCUGUAGAUAUACCUAUCAACCUCGUAUCUGGAGAGAACAAAAUUGAUCUUUUGAGUUUGACAGUGGGAUUACAGAAUUAUGGAGCAUUUUAUGAUACAAAAGGUGCAGGAGUCACUGGUCCUGUGCAGUUGAAAGGUUCACAUAAUCAAUCUACUAUUGAUCUUUCCUCAAAACUGUGGACAUAUCAGAUUGGUUUGAGAGGAGAAGAGUUAGGCCUAUUCACUGGAAGUUCAUCUGAAUGGAUAAUGCAGCCUACUUUGUCCAAGAAUCAACCAUUGGUUUGGUACAAGACAACUUUUGAGGCUCCCACUGGAAGCAGCCCAGUAGCAAUCGAUUUCUCAGGAAUGGGGAAGGGUCAGGCAUGGAUAAACGGGCAGAGCAUUGGCCGCUACUGGCCCAGACGCGUAGCUUCAAAUGCUGGCUGCACUGAAUCUUGCAACUACAGAGGAUCAUUCAGCCCCAGUAGAUGCAUGAAGAAUUGUGGACAGCCAACUCAGCAAUUCUAUCAUGUCCCACGGUCGUUGCUGCAACCAGGUUCAAACACCAUGGUCUUAUUCGAGGAAAUGGGAGGCGAUCCUACACAAAUAUCUUUCGCCACAAGAGAGACUGGAAGCAUAUGCUCUCAUAUAUCAGAGAGUCACCCCAUCCCACUGAGUACCUGGAUGAUUUCAGAUGAAGAAACGAGGAAACAAGCUCAACCAACUCUAUCACUCGACUGCCCUUUAGACAAUCAGGUCAUAUCUGAAAUCUUGUUUGCCAGCUUUGGAACUCCUCAAGGGGCGUGUGGAAGUUUCAGCCAUGGUGAAUGCAGCAGCAAAGAGGCUCUUUCAACUGUAGAGAAGGCCUGUAUAGGGUUAAGAAGCUGCAGCAUCAUUGUCUCGGCUGACACAUUUGGUGAUCCGUGUGGAGGAAUCGCAAAAAGUUUGGCUGUUGAAGCUUCCUGCAAAUGGUUAGAUCCACAUGAAGAUGCAUAUAGUGGCAGUAUCCGUUCUUUGUGAAGUCUUUAUAAGGUCGAUAAUAAGCCAUUACGAUGAACGAGAAUCCUCUCUAUUUAUUACUCCUAUUUUGUUUUUCGAUUGUAUAUAUUACUUAUCAUGUAUCAUGUUGGAGCAGAUUGUAUAUAAAAUAUAUCCUCGUAUUAUCAAUAAGACCAACUAUAUUUAUAUUCAA